CGCGCGCCGGCCGGCUGGCCGCUCGGGUCGGUUGGCGGCUGCUCGGUGUCCGCGGGAGCCGGCCGCCGCUCCCCUGCGCCCGGCAGCUGUUGGGGGCGCUUCCAGAAAACCAGGAUUAACACACAGAGAACGGAUCCGAGGGUAGCUGCUGUUGAGAAUGGAGAGCUCGCUGCCAGAGGCGUCACUGUGGGGCCACCCUCCAGAGGAGCAGCCCCAGGAGCCCCUCACGAUACUGUCUGCUCUGAUCUCUUCUAAAGAUCAAGAGUCCGUGACCUUCAAAGAUGUAGCCAUAGACUUAACCCAGGAGGAGUGGACCCUGAUGGACAGGUCGCAGAGGAAGCUGUACAUUGAUGUGAUGCUGGAGAACAUCACUCAUCUGGUGUCCGUGGGCUGUCAGUUCUUCCAAGCAGAUGUGAUUUCCCAGUGGGAGCAAGGCGGGGAGCUGUGGAGGGACGACAGAGGAUUUGCCCAAGGCUGGACUCCAGGCUUAGAAAACAGCUAUAAAAAGGAAGAAACAAUAUCUAUGCAAGAUAUCUUCAAGGAGGACCCAUCUGACUGCGGCAUAAUACCGAAAUAUCACCCAGGAGAAAACCCCUUUGAACAUAUUGGGUAUGAUGAAGUUUUCAGUCAGACCUACACAUUGACUCAACAUGUCUUAACUCACACUGGACAGAGACCCUAUAAAUGGAGCGAAUGUGGAAAACAUUUCAGUCAUAGAAGCGACCUUUAUAGACACCAGAAAACUUUCAUGGAAGCAAAACCUUAUAAAUGUAAUCAAUGUGAUAAAUGCUUCCAUAAUAGAAGGAAGCUUUGCAUACACCAGAGAAUUCACACGGGAGAGAAACCCUAUAAAUGUGAUGAGUGUGGGAAAAACUUCAGUCGAAACUCACAUCUUCGUUCCCAUAAGAUAACUCACACAGGAGAGAAUCCAUUUGUCUGUAAUCAGUGUGGGAGUCACUUCAGAUAUUUUUCAUCUUUAACUAGACAUAAGCAUAUUCAUUCUGGACAGAAGCCUUAUGAAUGUCAUCUGUGUGGGAAAGCCUUUGUUCAAAGUUCUUAUCUUAAACAACACGAGAGAACUCACACUGGAGAGAAACCAUAUAAAUGUCUUCUAUGUGGAAAAGCCUUUGUUACAAGCUCUAAUCUUAGAGAACACGAGAGAACUCACACUGGAGAGAAACCAUAUAAAUGUCAUCUAUGUGGAAAAGCCUUUGUUCAAAGCUCUUGUUUUAGACAACACGAGAGAACUCACACUGGAGAGAAACCGUAUAAAUGUCGUCUUUGUGGAAAAGCAUUUAUUACAAGCUCUUGUCUUAAAAAACAUGAGAGAACCCACACUGGAGAGAAACCAUAUAAAUGUCUUCUUUGUGGAAAAGCCUUUGUUACAAGCUCUAAUCUUAGAGAACACGAGAGAACUCACACUGGAGAGAAACCAUAUAAAUGUCCUCUAUGUGAAAAAGCCUUUGUUACAAGCUCUAAUCUUAGGGAACAUGAGAGAACUCAUACUGGAGAGAAACCUUAUAAAUGUCAUCUAUGUGGAAAAGCCUUUGUUACGAGUUCUUGUCUUCGAGAACAUGAGAGAACUCACACUGGAGAGAAACCAUAUAAGUGUCCUCUUUGUGGGAAGGGCUUUGUUACAAGCUCUUGUCUUAGAAAACACGAGAGAACCCACACUGGAGAGAAACCAUAUAAAUGUCCUCUGUGUGGGAAAGCCUUUGUUACAAGCUCUAAUCUUAGAGAACAUGAGAGAACUCAUAGUGGAGAGAGCCCAUAUAAAUGUCCUUUAUGUGGAAAAGCCUUUGUUGAAAGUUCUAAAGAACUUGAGAGAACUCAUACUGGAGAGAGCCCAUAUAAAUGUCCUCUGUGUGGAAAAGCCUUUGUUACGAGCUCUUGCCUUUGAAGACAGGAGAGAACUCAUUCAGAAUGUACUGAAAAAUAAUGGAAGAGCCUUCAGCCACAGCUCUAAUCUAAAACAAAUCCGAGAACUUAUAAGUGGGGGAAAUUUAUGGCCAUAUUCAUUAUGGAAAUGCUUUCAUUUUAGAUUUAUCCUUACACAACACGAGUGAACUCCAUUUGGAGGAACCCUGUAUUUAACGGCAAGGAGCAAGAGACAUUAGCUGAUCUGUGGUUGUAGGGUGCACAAGAAAAUUCAGUCUGAACGAUCAUCGAAUCUCCCUAGAAUGGGAAAGUACGCGGGAAAAUCUUUACAGAAGGAUGUUGCUCAAGGAGAAUAACAGAAAAAUUGAUGCUGGGGAGCUUACUCAUUGUAAUAUGCAUGAAAAAAAAAACCCUUUACUAGUAGAAAAACUAUUGUAGGCAUGUGAAGUUUCACACUCUGUAGAAUAGUGAAUGAAUGGAAGUCUUAAGUGAUUUUUAAUUCCUUAGUCAACUUGCAAUUUCUCACACUGUAUAUAUGCCAUUGCUAAAAUCCGAUGAAAGUUUAGAGUUUGCAUCAGAAAUCCCUGAUUAGGAAAAACAUCUAUCAAGAAUGUCUAACCACACAGUUUAGACAUUAAUUUAUAUUUUUUGCUUAAUGGCCUAUUAUAAAAAUGUAAGAAACAAAACAUAUGUAGGAUUGUGACAUCAUCUGGGAAUUCUAAAUGCAGAAUUUUAUGACAAGAAGCAAUGAUUCCCCCCCCCCCUUAAGGGACUAGUACGUAGAACUGCAUAUGAAGCGAAGUUGUUGCUAAAAAGUACAUUAAGUUGGUCAGGCCUAUUUUUUUCACAGCAAUAAUUACUGGGUUCAGCUAGAAAGUAACUAAAUAUUAACCAAAAAACAACACAAGAUGAUGUGUCAUUACUACAUAUUGUUAACCGUGUAUGUAGAUCAUAAUGAUGAAUUAAAGAGUGAUAGUUUGUGACUGAA